GCUUAUUACUAGUAUUAUCCUGGACUAAGCCAUUCUGACCACUUAGAAAACCAAAGGAACCUCUCGUUAGUGCUGAAGGACGUGGCCCAAGGACAACUUCUUCAUUGUUAUCAUACAGGGCUCCAAUCAUCACCAUCCGGGAUAUUCCCUGCUGACCGGCAGGCUAAAGAUAUCAUGGGUGCGGUAGAUCUAAGUGCGGUUUUCCUGAAACAAUGGACUACGUUAAUCGAAAAAUCGAGAGAAUCAUUGGAUUACGAUGACCUGGAGAGGGUUGAGGAAAUUAAACCAUGGGACGAUCUCCAAAAACUCAUUUAUGACAGCGAAGUGCUGUCUACUGCGCGCAUCCAGUCUGAGUUAGACGAUUUCAGAAUAUUCGUCGAGUUCUUCGAGACAAAGCUCGAAACGAAACUCGACACAACGUUUCUUUGGGCCACUCUAACACACCUCUUACAGCUUGUCGAUGAUGACCCCAAUCGUCUAGGUUGGAUUCCUGCUAUGAUAAAACCCUUGACCCAGAAGGCCGCGGCUUUCAACCGCUAUUGCAAAAAUACCCAGGUAGUUGGAAAUACAGUCAAAGAAGCAUGCUUCGACAUGCAAGUACUAUUUGUCAACUUCUUCACCGACUCUAUCAACGGUCUCCAUGCUGCUGGUGAGGGUAAAAAGCUGCAGGACCGUUUUCCGCCUGGCCAGGAGAGUAUGAGCUUGAAACAACUUAUUGAGCAUUAUCAUAAAACAACAAAAGAUGGUCUCAAUGAAGCACUAAAACGGAUUGAGGACCUGGCUCUGACCAACUUACCAAUGCCUGUUCAACCUGGGCCUCCCACGGACACCAAUAGAAUACCAUCAAGGCCACGUUGUCUUAUGCUCCCACAUACUAAGACUUUUCGAUUUUUUGACAGAGUCAGUGUGUUCGAGAAGCUUGACUGUAUCCUGGGCCCAACGUCCGAGGAACCGUCUUUUCAGUCCGUUGCAUUGUAUGGGUUAAGGGGGGUAGGCAAAAGCACUGUUGCUUCGACUUAUGUCGAAAAAGUUUUCAAGGAAAAUAAUUAUGAUGUUAUUUUGUGGGUUCGUGGAGAGAAUGCGUCGUCUAUGCGACAGAGUUUCACCGAAAUUGCGAUGAGACUCAAGCUCUAUAAAGCGCAUCCCCAGACCCACGACGAGAAUCUGAUUCUCGUUCAAGACUGGUUCCAGUCCACAGAUUGCAGGUGGUUGGUUGUCUACGACAAUGUUGAAUCGUUUGAUACCCUCAUGGCCUUCUGGCCAGGACCGGGACAAGGCAAGGCUAUUAUCACGACUCAGAAUCGUUCGCUUGCCUCCAAGCUUGCCUCUCGUCCCUUGGAAGUCCCAUCUUGGGAUACUAAAAUGGGUUCGAAGUUUCUUCUUUUCCUCCUAGAGAAGAGUAUUGGACGUGACCUGCAGGCGGAAAGCAAUUCCGCAUUGAAUUUGUCUGAACGAAUGAGCGGGCAUGCUUUAGCCCUUGCACAAGUCGCAACUCUUAUUCGUAAUGGAGAAUCAACUAUUGAGGAGUUCGAAACAAUCUAUAAAGAAAACGCCUACCGUGUACACAGUCUGAAUGAGCUCGCCGCGCCCUGGGAGCUGUCUUUUCAAAAGUUGGACAAGAACAGUCUGUCACUUCUCGGCAUAAUAUCAUUCUUGGUUCCAGAUGACAUUCCCCAGAAACUCUUCGAGAAAGGGCUCUAUGAUGAGUCUUCCAGUGAUUUCAAUUUCUGCUCUGAUAAAUUCCUUCUCUUAGCUGCACUAACAAGACUGAUCACAAUGAAUCUGAUCAAGAAGGAUAGGGAUACGCGAAUCCUUUCAAUCCAUAGAAUAGUCCAGACGCAGUUUAAAUACUUUUUAAGCUUAGAACAGCGACAGAAGACCUUCGAUGCAACAGUAAGUCUUGUUUAUAAUGUUCUUCCGAAGCCAGACACUUCGAAGGGCCAACUGUAUGAGGAGUGGGAAAUCUACAAUCAAUACCUGCCUCACGUUCUCAAUUUGAAGAACUGCUUCUCUGAGGAGAUAGAGCGAACCAACGUCUUCAAGGCGUCAUGGGAAUUCUGCGAACUCCUAAUCCAGUUUCAACGGUACCUCUAUGAGAUUCACCAAUUGGCAGAUCUCAAGAGUCUAUGCGACGUCAACUUGGCUGCUGUGACAAGUCUGGAAGACGGGCCGCGAAAGAAUGAUCUGCAAGCUACGAUCAUGUCUCAUCAGGCAAACUUAGCUGAAAGCUGGGGCGACGUGAAAAGCGCCAUCGAGUUGAAUAACAAGGUUUACACAAUACGACUGGAGGAAGAUCCCAGGAAACAGGAUUUACUCUGUCAGGUUGCCAAUAACCUGGGAUACUGCCACAAUACCGCCAACGACCACAGGACUGCUCUAGUCUGGUUUGAAAGGUCUCUUGACUGGUGGGAGGAGUCUGCAAAACGGGAAAAGGAUCCCCCACAUUUUAAGUUGGUGACGUUAGUGAAUAUGGCCAGAUGUAAACUCUAUCUCGAUAAAGCUGAAGAGGCGAGGGAAAUACUUGAUAGCGCGAUUCCUCAGCUAAAGAAGGCAAAGCCGUCACAAUGGGCUAUGCUUGCUUUCGCAUAUUUUGUCCUUGGAAAGUUGGAAAGGCGACAGCGCAACUUCCAAACGGCAGAAGAACACUUCUUAAAGGCACACAACUCCUGGGUGGAAGGUGAUCGGAAGCGUGCUCACCCCUUCGUUGGCGGAUGCAUGUACAAGAUUGGAGCGUGCUGUCUUGAUCAGGGCAAAGUUCAAGCUGCAAUCAAGAAUAUCAAUGAUUCCAUUGUAGUUACCAAAUUUCACCGAAAUAACAUGCCAGUUGAGCAUGCCCGCAAUCUGUUCAAGUUAUCAGAGGCACUACUUCAGGAUAGCGACAACAACAGCCUAGAAAAGGCGGAAGACAACCGAAAGGAAGCGGAGACCUACCUCAAAAGCAGACAGUCAGACAUGAUUCCGUGUGAUACAGAAGCUGCAUACGACAACCUAAUUCCGAUCUUCUGGAGAUGAAUCAGAUGGCAGCCCAUCGGCGUUGCAUCAUGUGUAUAGAGGUGCAGCAGGCAGAGGCUAAUAGGGCAAAUACAGGGAAUGCUCGAUGACAGCGUUAGAUAAUGGAAGGAAAUCUGUUAUGUACGAGAAUAUUUAACUUCAACCAGUGUUUUGUUAUUUAGAGUUAUUUAGUUCAAUGACUUAUAUGAUAUGUCACGAUAUUGUUACGCUUAGUCCAAUCCUUUAGUAACAGAAUUUACAAGGCAAUUGCG